CCUGAACCAAUGAAUGCAGCGGCAGCGGCCCGGCCUCCCCGGCGCGCCCCUUCCAGGGGCUGUAGACGCCCCCCAGGCCCAGCCUUGAAUCGCGCCUCACAGAGCCAUCCGCCGCAGGGUUCUCCCGGUCUCCACCUUGCUCUAGACCGUGGUGUGGGCGCGUCCCCAAGGCCUGGGUGUCCGGCGUGCUUCUUUGCCAAUCCCAAGCCGCCCGCGAGGACUGCUGAGGCCGCAGGAGUUGUUGGAAGAACAAUGCACAUGAAUCUUUGACAUCAUGAUGUACAUCCGGCAAAGAAAAGAGACAAAAACCAUAGAAGUUUCUGAGGAUUUUCUAUCACCAAAAGAAAAUGUGAAGUUGGAAAAGAAAUUGCCAUCUGGUUGUGCCUCGGGAAGGUUCUGGAAGAUCCUGUCGUCUGUGGUUGGUGGAAUCGUGGCCCUUUGCAUUGGACUUCUUACAUCUGUCUACCUGGCCACCCUGCAUGAGAAUGAUUUGUGGUUUUCCAAUAUUAAGGAAGUAGAGCGAGAAAUCUCAUUCAGGACGGAAUGUGGACUGUACUAUUCAUACUACAAGCAGAUGCUGCAGGCGCCGACCCUCCUGCAAGGUUUUCAUGGCCUAAUCUAUGACAAUAAAACGGAAUCCAUGAGGACGAUUAACCUCCUCCAACGAAUGAAUAUUUACCAAGAAGUUUUCCUCAGUGUUUUGUAUAGAGUCCUCCCCAUACAGAAAUAUCUAGAACCUGUUUAUUUUUAUAUCUACACUCUUUUCGGGCUCCAAGCAGUCUACGUCACAGCCCUUUAUAUAACCAGCUGGCUUCUCAGUGGCACCUGGCUGUCAGGACUGUUGGCAGCUCUGUGGUACGUCACCAACAGAACAGAUACCACGAGAGUUGAGUUUACCAUCCCGCUGAGGGAGAACUGGGCUCUGCCUUUCUUUGCAAUUCAGAUUGCGGCAGUUACCUACUUUCUGAGACCAAACUUACAGCCUCUGUCUGAAAAGCUGACACUUCUUGCCAUUUUCAUGUCAACUUUUCUCUUUAGCCUGGCAUGGCAGUUUAACCAGUUCAUGAUGCUGCUGCAAGCGCUGGUGCUGUUCAUCCUGGACUCCUUGGACAUGCUACCGGCCGUGAAGGUCACCUGGCUGUACGGCAUACAGAUAAGCUGCUUGCUCCUCGUCUGCAUGCUUCAGUUUUUUAACUCCAUGAUUCUGGGAUCGCUACUCAUCAGUUUUAACCUUUCGGUAUUAAUUGUAAGAAAACUUCAGAAAAACCUAAAAACUGGGACCUUCCUGACUAGGAUUGGAAAACUAUUGUUGCAUUUACUUCUAGUUUUCUGUUUGACACUUUUUCUUAACAACGUUAUUAAGAAAAUUCUUAACCUGAAGUCAGACGAGCACAUCUUUAAAUUUCUGAAGGCCAAGUUUGGGUUUGGAGCCACCAGGGACUUCGAUGCGAAUCUCUACCUAUGUGAAGAAGCCUUCGGCCUCCUGCCUCUCAACACAUUCCAGAGGCUCUCGGAGACACUGCUGUUUUACGCAUACGUGUUCGUCUUGUUGGUCACAGUGAUCACGGCUUCGGUGGUUGCCUUUCAUAACCUCAGUGAUUCCGUGAGUCCGCAGCCCGUGGGUCAGACAAGAAAGUGUGCAGUUGACCUGAAACCAGAAGCCGCUUACAACUUAAUCCACACCAUUCUGUUCGGGGUCCUGGCGCUGAGUACGAUGAGGAUGAAGUACCUGUGGACCUCCCAUAUGUGUGUGUUCGCAUCGUUUGGCCUGUGCAGCUCUGAGAUCUGGGAGUUGCUCCUGAGGCUGGUUCGUCUCUGUAACCCAAAGAGGAUCUGGGUCAUGCGGUAUUCGGUGCCCAUAGUCACCCUGCUGUACCUGUGCUGUAAGUCCUGGCCAGGAAUGAUGGAUGAACUCUCGGAGUUGAAAGAGUUCUAUGACCCAGAUACAGUGGAACUCAUGGACUGGAUUAGCUCUAACACACCAAGAAAGGCCGUGUUCGCUGGGAGCAUGCAGCUGCUGGCUGGAGUCAAGCUGUGCACGGGACGGACCCUAACCAACCACCCACACUAUGAAGACAAAAGCCUGAGAGAGCGGACCCAAGCGGUUUAUCAGAUAUACGCGAAACGGUCUCCAGAGGAAGUGCACUCGCUCCUGAGGUCCUUUGGCACUGACUUUGUGAUCUUGGAAGACAGCAUCUGCUACGAACGCAGGCACCAAAGGGGCUGCCGGCUGCGCGAUUUGCUGGACGUCGCCAACGGACACGAGAUGGAUGGGCCAGGAGAGAGUGACCCCGACUUGAGACCUGCAGACCACCCUCGCUUCUGUGAGGAGAUUAAAAGGAACCUGCCCUCCUAUGCGGCUCACUUCACUAGAGUAUUCCAGAACAAGACAUUCCACGUCUACAAACUGUCCAGAAACAAGUAACCGUGUCCAUCCUUAAAACCCCAGUGCAUCUGCAGCUGACGGAGUCAGUGUCUGUGAGUCAGGAGCAGGGCUUGCAGGAGCUGGGAUUGCGGACAGCUGCAGACCAUUCCGCCAUCCUCCGAAACCCUUUCACUACGCCUGGCUCUUCCAUCCUGGCUCUGCCUUUUCCAUGAGUGUUCUUUAGCCUAACUGUGGGUACCUGUCCAGGACUGGGAAUUUGCCACCGAGGGAGUCGGGUGUGACCCACUGGUGGCCUGGAAAAUGAGAGCCUAUUUAAGAUCUGAAAUACUUGUGAUUUUCAGUGACCCUGAGCUAGUCAUGAAUGAGUGUAGUUGACAGGCUGCAUGGUUCAGUUAUUGGUAUUUCUUCACCACUGGGACCAAUCAGUGGCUUUUUAAAAGCUUAUUGUCCUGUCUCCUUUAAAAUUUUAUAACAUUUUCCAAUUUACCAUGCUUUCAUGUGUGAAGAAACAAAUCAUGUUAGGUCUUUGAAUCUUAAAUAUCCAUUUGUGCUCUAAAAUGUCACAUGUGCAGAACUGUGGGGCAGUCUUAGAGUGUGUGUUCAAAUCUGGGCACAGCAAUCAGGGUGCUCCUGGGCCAGGUUUGGUAGCACACUCCUUUAAUCCCAGCACUCGGAGGCAGGGGCGGGCAAAUCUCUUGAGAGUUCAAGGCCAGCCUGGUCUUUAUAGUGAGUUCUGGGCCAGCCUGGGCUAUGUAGAGAGAUCCUGUCUCAAAGAGAAAAAGUGUCACAGGUCUCAUCCUAGAAGUCUGCAAGGUGCAGAAGUACAUAUAGCCAGGCAGCUUAUGCUACUGUUCAGGCUUGUUUAAAAACUCAUUCGUGGUAUUUAGUGUCUCUUGCAAGUAAAACAGUUUUGCUUCAUUUCUUACUCAUUUCAAUUUACUGGGCUUGCAAAACUUUGUAAACUUUUUGUGUUUUUAGCCUUUGUAUUUUUUCAUAGCCUAGAAACUUGCAGAGUCUGGGGGUUUUUUAGACACUGUAUCUUGACUCCUCAAGUUCAGUGUGGCAUUUUCAUACCCUUCGACUUGUGGUCUCCAAUCCUCCCUCUCGGUCCCGGAGACGACACUUUUCCUCCCUAAGAGGUGACCAAGUGCCUCCAAGCUGUGCUCAGUUGUAAACAGCAGAGAGGAGUGGUGUACCUGCUCAGAGUUUUUUGAUAAUUGCUUUUAUAAUUCAUUUUUAAUGGUGGGGGCAUGUAAAAGCUGCUGAUAGAGGCAUAUUGUCCACUUAAUUAAAUCAAGAUAGCUAAUGAAAUUAACUUUCUCUCCUGUUCUUGCCAUUUGGAAGUGAUUUAACUGUUUCUCCUCACACAUUAGUGCAAUAAAUCCCCUGGAGCACCAGGCGGGAGGACCGAGUGCUCCACUGAGUCGCUAUUCGGUUACCGCUUAAGGAGCUUACACAAUGCGUUUCCAUGGUCUCGUCAGGCUCAGGGUUUUUAUGCAAAACUCAUUUAAAUAAAACAUGGACAGCUAGGUUUUUAAAUUAGGCCACUGGAACUUUGGAAUCCUGCCUUUUCUGAACCCCUAAGGUUGAAGACCACUGCAAUUAGGGGUAACGCAGCAAGAAAACAUGUUCAUCAAUGCCAAAACUUUAAUGAAGCCAGCAAAGUCGCAUGCCUGCCACAGCCACCAGCGCCGGUGGAACAUUCUGGGCCAGUGCCUUACUCUGAAGGGACAGCAGAUGCAGUAAGGCACAGUGUAUCAAGACCCAUGACUGUUACUUUGUGGGUCAGUUUGCAUUUGUUUUAAACAUUCCUGUAUGUAUGUGUCUCAUCCCUCCGUGUUUGGCGUCUUGGUAUCCAAGAGCCGUGGACUUAACUUGGAUGCACAUCCUUACCGUGGUACAGUCAUGCUAAUCGGCGCUCACUUUAUCCACAGCGCCCUUGCUGCCAAACCAUUUCCUAGAACAUUCGAAGUGCCAAAACCAGUCUUCACACAGGCUCUCCCCAAGACACUGUGAUGUGUAUAGGACAAGUUUUUACUCUUGGUGACCAAAUCUUUCAGCAAAUCAUGUUUGAUAUUUUUAGCUCUAAUCAGGACUAUAGCUUGUGACCUUGUCAUCAAGCACACAGGAGAAAAGAUGGCCUGCCCUUGGCUGUGGCCCCAAUGCUGUGCAGGCUGAAACCAGCACCCUGCAGGCCUUACUCCCUGCCGUUUGGGCCCUGGGGACUGUUACAUCUUGGUAAUAACAUUCAGUUGUGGUUCUGGAUAGAACAAGCACUAGGCUUUGAGUUCACGGAAGAACCUCUAAGAACAGCAGAAGUGCUCUUAAUUAAUGGCACUUCUGACUCCUCAGGGCCUCAAGUCUCCAGCCCUCUUGGGAGCCACCUGCUGCAAUCCGGCAGGUGGCCGCUGCCUUGUGUGCCAGGCUCCAGUGGAAGCCCAGCCCAGUCUCUGGUAUACAUUCUGCUUCUGACUGUGAGUACGGAGGCCAGCCACAAGAGGCCUGGGGUGUGGCUUGACAGUAGUGCUGGCCUAGCAUCUUACAAAGCCCUAAGCUUGACCCCCAGCACUGCAGAAGAAAACAGACAGAAAAAGAGAUACUUUUUGCAAAAAUUUAAAUCGGAUACUUUGAUAAGGUGGAUUUCUCAUCAAAAUUGCUUUUAAAUUAAAUGUGCUCGGGUCUGCAGAGAUGGCUCGGUAGUUAAGAGUGUGUAUGACUCGUGCAGAGGACCCUAGUUUGGUUCCCAGCACCCAUGUUGGCCGGCUCACAAAUGCCUGAACUCCAGCUCCAGGGGGACCCGGUGCCUUUUUCAGGCCUCUACAGGCACUGCACUCAUGUGCCCAUUCCCACUCACAGACAAAUAAUUCAAAAUAAAAGGAAAAUAUUUUUUAAAAAUUAAAUGUGGUCAGGAAAGUUAUUAAAUAUUAGGAGAUAAAAAUGAAGGAAAUGAAUGAGCUUACAUUCCUUCCUAGAUAAUUUAUGUACUCAUCUCACCUUUCUCAUGUCUAAGCUGGAAGCUGGGCAUGUGGCUCAGAGGUAGAGAACUUGCCUGUCAUGCAUGAGGUCCUGGGUUCGGUCCCCAGCACUGGAGGAAGCCUCAGCUGACAGGAAUACUCGAGAAUAUUCUUCCCAAAUCAUGUUGUUGGUGUGAUUUAUGCAAGAAAGAGAACCACAGACAAGGACUCCCAUGAAAUAAAAGCCCCUGGCUUCUCAUCAAAAGAUCAGUGAGUGAUGGUACUAUUGUCCACUGCUGGUGACGGUUCCCUGCAUUAGCCAUUCAGUAGACAGUUACUGUUCCCAUGCCUGGCAGAGGGUCAGUAUGGAGGGCCCACCACUUGAAUCCAGAUGUGUUAGCCAAGCACGUAAACAACAAGGCCGUUAAAGAUAUAAAGACACUUCCCAGAAAGGUAGCUUAUCUUUAGCCAAAGUGUGUUUGAAACAUUUGGUUUUAAACACAGCUUGGAACCAGAGAAAGAGCAUGAAAGUGUCUCGGAUCCUGUCUGUCAUAUCACACGUCUGCGGCUGCUCCAGCCAUGGCGGCCCGUGGCUGGGGGAAAGCACUGGUCUGUUAGGUCGGGGCAGCGACUGACCUUCCCGUUUGUGACAUCUGUUGGGGAAAACCUUAGAAAGAGCAUUUCUAAUUUGUUGUACUGAAUUGUAUAGAGAUUAUAUACUAAAUAAAGUUCUUUUCAAUGAU